CUAAUUCUAUCUGACCAGCUAAUUUGGUUGACGCUUUUCAUAUUGACAGAAAGAAAGGACUUUUGCAUUUCGCUUCCUCUUAAGUUGUUCCUUUCUCGGGCACGUUCUUUGUAAUUGAAUUACUGAAGAUCUCAUCAAAUUCCCUUCAGAGAUCUUUUCAGGUGCGCGGGAGAAAAUAAUGUUUGGUCCGAGCAUAAUAACAAUUCGCCAGAUGGGUUCUCCAAGGAGUGUAGGAACGCCAAGAAGCAUAAGGUCUCCGCGGUCCACAGCAGCAGUGGGAGAGAUUGAUACAAAAGCACCAUUUCAAUCUGUCAAGGCUGCAGUCAGCUUAUUUGGUGAAGGAUCAUCCUCCCCAAGGGCAAAACCAGUUGUUAAGAAGCCCAAAACUGCUGAAGAGAGAGAUUUGGAGAAAGAAACACAGCUACACUUGGCCGUCAAAGAGCUUGAAAAGUUUAAAGAACACCUGAAAACUGCAGAAACUACUAAAGCGCAAGCACAAGGGGAACUCGAAAAGGCCAACAGAACGCUGCAUGAAUUAACAUCCAAACUUCAAACAGUCAGUGACUCCAAGCAAGCAGCGAUUGCUGAAACAGAAGCUGCAAAGAAUCGUGCUAAACAACUGGAAGAAUCAGCAAAAUCCAGAAAACAACAUGCCGAUACUGAAAGAGAACAGUACAAGGCCUCUGCUGCUGAACUUGUUCUUGUAAAACAAGAACUCACAAACCUUCGACAGGAUUUUGACAUGGCUAUGGGAAUGAAACUAUCAGCAUCCCAAAAGGAAGCAAAUGCUCAAAAUAUAACUAAGGUUAACAGAGAGAGGGUAGAUGAGCUUUCCAGGGAAAUGGCAACAACGCGUGAAGCGCUUAGUCAGGUCAUGCUUUCCACUCUUCAAGCCCAAGAAGAGAAAGCAAAGACUACGGGAAAAAAGGAAGUUUGUAUGCAAUCACAUGGAAUAGCUAAGGACAAAGUAGAGAAGAAAAUCCUAUUAUUAGAGGAAGAAGGAUCUGAUUCUGAACUCUCUGGAAAUCUUGAGGAGAAGCUUGAAGAAACAACCAAGUCAAUUGCAGUCUUACAAGAUAUACAAGCUCUAAGGACAGCUGAUUUGGAGCUUGAGGGUUCCAAAAAUGCACUGAAAGAAGUUCUACAAAAUGAAUCCUUGCUCCGAAGUUUGGUGGAAUCGAUGACUUUGGAAAUGGAUAAGGUGAAGAGGGACGUAACUGAAAUGAAGGAGAAGGAAGCACAAUUUGAAUAUGCUGCUAAGAACCUGAGAGCCGAAAUAAACAGGAGCAAAAUGGAGCUUGAGGCACUUCUUGCUAAGGAAAGUAAACAAGAAAAUGCUUCGAAUGAUGAGAGCUUGACAGUGCAACAAGUAUUGUCAGAAAUUGAAUAUGCAAGACUGGAUGUGGAAGAGACGAAGAAAAAAACUAAGGAACUGAAACAAGAAGCCAAAACUGCACGAAAUGAGGCCAAGGAAAUGGAGGAGAAGUUACAAGUUGCACUUAAAGAGGCUGAAGAAGCAAAAGCAGCAGCGAAACUUGCAAGUGAUCGGAUUCACAACACGGCUUCAUGUACUCAUGAUGCAGUCCAGGUUACAGGUUCAGACUCCAGUGCCAAGAUCAAGUUGUCGGCUGAGGAUUUUGAAUCUUGGACAAGGAGAGUUGAGCAAUAUGAAAAGUUGGCUGAAAUGAAAGUGGCAGAUGCCAUGGCUGAGGUGGAAGAGAGUAAGGCGAGUGAGAGAGAGGCGGUUAAGAGAUUGACAACAAAUUUGAAAGAGAUAGAGGAUACGAAGGCUGCAACUGAGGAUGCUUUGAAGAAAGCAGAGAUGGCUGACGCAGCGAAACAAGCAGUGGAGGGAGAGUUACAAAAGUGGCGUCAACAAGACCAAAAGAAGGAAUUUGGAGAAGCUUCCAAUGGUCAGCAGGGGUCAGAGAUGCCAUUACAUUUGUAGUUCUAUACCUUCUAGGACAUGAAAGAACUUCAUCUCAUAUUUUUAGCCCACUGAGAAAAUACUGCCUCUUUUUCCUACGCAUAACUAUACGAGCAACAUUAUCCUAAUGUUUCCAACAAUACAUGUACAUCCUCUGGUCAUAGCAUAUCUAAACUACAAGAGAAAGAAAAGGACCACGCAUAGAUGGCAUU